UUCACAUUCUGCUGGUUUCUGUUUUUUGGGGAGGGGGGGUUUGAAAGUUACUAGCACCAUGUCUUGCGGUGAUGUCUCGGAUCGGAGUCGGUCGUUCUGCGUGUUGUCUUGGGAUCAGGUGCAGCGCUUGGACUCGAUCCUCGGGGAGGCUGUCCCCAUUCACGGCAGAGGAAACUUCCCCACUCUGUCCAUGAGACCCCGCCAGAUUGUUCAGGUGGUGCGGGCUAGGCUGGAGGAGAGGGGUGUGUGUGUUAAAGACGUGAGGCUUAACGGCUCUGCUGCCAGCCAUGUGCUCCACCAGGACAACGGACUGGGCUACAAGGAUCUCGACCUUAUCUUUGGUGUGUCACUGAAAGAUGACCAGGCCUUCCGUCUGGUGAAAGACGUCGUGAUGGAUUGCCUGUUGGACUUCUUGCCAGCUGGGGUCUGCAAGGAGCGCAUCACAGCACUGACCCUCAAAGAGGCCUAUGUACAGAAACUGGUGAAAGUCUGUAAUGACUCAGACCGCUGGAGCCUCAUCUCACUGUCCAACAACACGGGCAAGAAUGUGGAGCUAAAAUUUGUGGACUCCCUACGGCGGCAAUUUGAAUUUAGUGUGGACUCCUUCCAGAUUUGCCUCGACUCUCUGCUCUUGUUUGACCGUUGCUCAGAGACGCCCAUGUCUGAGAGUUUCCACCCCACUGUGAUCGGUGAGAGUGUUUAUGGAGACUUCAAGGAGGCCAUGGACCACCUGUGUCAGAGGACCAUAGCUACACGAAGCCCUGAAGAAAUCAGAGGUGGCGGGUUAUUGAAGUACUGCCACCUGCUGGUGCGUGGGUUUCAGCCCUCUUCAGAGGCGGACAUGAAGCAGAUGCAGCGCUACAUGUGCUCACGCUUCUUCAUUGACUUCCCCGACAUUGGUGAACAGCAGAGAAAGCUAGAGGCCUACCUGCAAAACCACUUUGCUGGGAUGGAGCACAAACGGUACGAGUGCCUGAUGACUCUGCACGAAGUGGUGAACGAGAGCACGGUGUGUCUGAUGGGCCACGAGCGACGCCAGACGCUCACCCUUAUCUCCAUGCUGGCGCUGAGGGUGCUGGCUGAGCAGAAUGCCAUCCCCACUGUGACUAAUGUCACGUGUUACUACCAGCCAGCUCCGUACAUACAAGACAUUAACUUCAGUAAUUACUACAUUGCACACGUGCAGCCGCCGCAGGUCUCACUGUGCAGUAAUACAUAUCAGACGUGGCUGCCCUGUAGCUGAAAUCGCUGUAUAAAGGGCAGAGGUGAAUGCGUCUCCAUUACUCUACUUAAAAAGAAAGUGGACUGAAAACACAUAAAAACAGAAACCCAUGUUUGCCAAAUGUGACUUGACGAAAACAAUCCUGUACUGCUGUACAUCUGAUUGAGCCAACACAGAAUUUUUCUCAUUUCUUUUCUCUGUAACAUCUGUAAGAUUGCUGGUCAUUUCUGAGAUGUAGCGAUAAUAUCUUAUUUAAGUAUUAAAAAAAGUCUUUAUGAAGCUUUAUAUAUUCCAGAAAUACACUUUUGAGGAAACAAACAUUGAAGCUAGGGUUAUUUUCAUACUCUGGCUUUAUUUUUUUAAAUUACACACCGGACCAAAGAUGUAUUUGUUGUUAAGAAAGGGAAUGCUGUGAUGAUUCCAAGUGCCUAAAAUGAACCAUGAAAUGUUCUGAAAACAUCUGUAAAGUGAGAACUGUGCAUUCAAUGUUUCUAGAUUACUCUGUCUCUCUUUCCAGAAACAGAAGCAUUCAUUUUUGUGAGAUUAAAAAAAAAGAAGAAAAACUCAA